CGAGGUACGGCCGGUACCCAUACCUAAAGAACCACGGUGACCGGGACAUAUGUAUAUAACCUAGCUCAGAAUUCGUACCAUCGAGUGCAACCUGGUGAACUUUAGAGCGCAAAUAUUUUCUGGAUUUAACUCCUAGUGACUAUUUUUGUUGUUGUUGAAAGAUGCUGCGGACGGUGUGUUUAUAAAACCGGAGUUCUUCGAUCUCUUGAGACUCGCGCUUCGGCCAUAUUGCAUACCAGAGUGGCGCGAGAUGGAUGUAUACAUUUUAGUGUAGGUCGAAAAGAGAUAGGCAUAGACCAGGAGUUUGUUUAAGAUAUUUUUGAAGGGGCAAGGGACUGUGGCUGGGAGGAAUGCUAGAUUCCAAAACAGAAACACGGAAACACGUGGAUUCAUUUUUUUAUUAUUAUGAUAAGAUAGUAUUUUGAAAAAAAUUAAAAUGUUGAUUAUUAGAGCCUCAACAUUUUUUCUGCUCCUUAUCCUUGUUGGUGCCCAAGGUCCUGGUCCUGGACCUGGAACGCAUCGAAGGCAAAUUCUGGAUCCCGAGCAGAUGCAAAGCAGAGCUGUAGAUACAAGAGUCACCUUUGAAAUUCUGGAAGGGCAACCUAAAGGUACUUUGGCUGGCAGAAUCCCUAUUAAACCAGGAUUCACGUAUAGGUUCAAUGAAGCUCCUCGAGAGUUUGUUCUGGAUUCAGAUACUGGUGAAAUCAAAACCAAUAUUAUUCUGGAUAGGGAGACUUUAAAAAAUGACCGUUACGAUUUGGUUGUGUUGUCCAGUCAACCGACUUAUCCGAUAGAAGUGAGGAUUUUGGUGAUGGAUAUCAACGACAAUUCGCCUGAAUUUCCCGAGUUGAGCAUUGCGAUUAGUUUUUCGGAAAGUGCGGUGGCGGGUACCAGGCUACUUUUGGACGCAGCUACCGACAAGGAUAUCGGCGCGAACGGUAUCAGUGAUAAAUAUCGAAUAAUUGCCGGUAACGAGAACAAAAAAUUUCGAUUGGUGGUCACGACGAAUCCUACCGGGGAUUCGUCGUAUUUACAUCUGGAGACUACCGGGAAAUUGGAUAGGGAAACUCAGGGAUUUUAUACGCUUAAUGUUAGUGCUCAGGACGGGGGAACACCAGCGAGGUACGGCUAUCUACAAGUGAACGUCACAAUACUGGACGUCAACGACAACCCACCAAUUUUCGACCACAGCGACUACAUAGUCAGCCUCAACGAAAGCGUACCACCCGGUACCCCGGUACUACAAGUGAUGGCGACUGAUAACGAUUUAGGCGACAACGCCAAAAUCACCUACUACCUAAACGACAACGAAAGACAGUUCACUGUAGAUCCAGAAACUGGCACGAUAUCCACUACAGAGCCGUUGCAUUGUCCGCAGCAAAAUUGUUUGCAGCCAACGAAACCUGGAGCUAGUUGUCCUAAGAGUUGCGUUUUUACUGUGUUUGCCAGGGACCAUGGGGUACCUAGGCAAGAUGGCAGGACUUAUGUGACAGUUAAUUUAUUAGAUGCAAACGAUCAUAGUCCAGUGAUUAAGUUUCGACAUUUUCCUGCUACAGCUGGUUUUGCUACUGUAGACGAAAAUGCUGGCAAUGGGUCUGUAGUGGCGGCUGUAUCUGUUGUCGAUCAAGAUGAUGGUUUGAAUGGUGAAACAACAGUAAAAAUUGUAGCUGGUAAUGAGCUAAACAAUUUUCGUUUAGACUACACUCCAAGUUUCGAUAUAGUCCGUGUAAAUGGUGUGUUGGACAGAGAAGAAAUAUCAAAGUAUAAUUUAACAGUUGUUGCAACCGACAAAGGCAAUCCUCCAAGAACGGCUACUGCUUUUUUGAUUAUUCACGUGAACGAUGUUAACGAUCACGAGCCUGUUUUUGAAAAAAGUGAAUAUUCGGCAAUAUUAAGCGAACUGGCACCUCCAGGUACUUACGUAGCUGGAAUCACAGCUACAGAUGAAGACACUGGCGUAAAUGCGCAAAUAUAUUACGCUUUUGUGUCUGGAAAUGAAAAUCAAUGGUUUCAAAUUAAUCAGGAUUCUGGAUUGAUAACUACCCAAGCGUCUUUGGACAGGGAGAUUCAAGGCACAGUUGAAUUGAAUAUUUCGGCCAGAGACGGAGGUCCCAACCCGAAAUGGGCUUACACUCAAUUGAAAGUUACCAUAUUGGAUGAAAACGAUGAUUCACCAGAGUUUUCACAAUCGAAAAUUAAUGUUUCUUUAUCUGAAAGUACUUUGCCUGGAACCUUGGUGGCUAUGUUGACUGCUUCUGAUAGAGAUCAAGGGACUAAUGGCAGUGUAGCUUACUCUUUGCAUGCAAAUGUUAAACAAAAAUAUGACGACACGUUUUUUCUUGAUGCUUUAACUGGUCAGUUGACUACUAAAAAGAAACUGGACAGAGAAGAAGUUUCAAUGUAUGAGAUCCAAGUCGUUGCUAGAGAUCAAGGGAUUCCUCCUCAAAGCAGCACUGCAACAGUAUUUUUAAAUGUCUUAGACGAAAACGAUAACGCACCAGAGUUUUACCCUUUAAAAUACUUCACCAAAAUCGCUGAUGAUUUGAAGGCAGGCUCCUCAGUACUAAAAGUAACCGCAAACGAUUUGGACGAAGGCGAAAACUCAGUCGUCACUUAUAAAAUCGAGGAACAAUCUGACAAUUUGUUUUCCAUCGACGAAUACACUGGGGUAGUGACGUUGAGGGGUAGCUUGAAGUCCAGCUCGAAGCCGAUUUAUAGAUUGCAAAUAUCCGCCAAGGAUAAUGGGGACAAACGAGCUACCGAGGAUGCCAUAGUUGAGAUUAUCAAAGACAGUUACAUGGAGGAGCUAAGCUUCGAUCAUUACGGCGAUUAUGAGUUUCAGUUAUUGGAAGAUCACGGUGAAUCACCAUCAUUCAAACGCAGAGACGUCGGUACAGUCCGAGUCCGCAAUAACGAUGCCACUUAUUCGAUAAUCUACGGCGAUCCUCACAAAAACUUCCACAUAAACGAGCACACAGGCAAAAUAUCAACAGCAAAAAAAAUCGAUCGCGAACAAAGCAUCAGCUACAGCUUGACUGUAGUCGCUAGGGCUCGUUUGAGCUACGGCAAAACGAAUGUCAACAUUUUCGUCCAAGAUUUGAACGACAACAAGCCCACAUUUCAGAAAUACAAAGACGAAAUUCGAUUAGACGAGAAUGCCGCUGUAGGCCACGAAGUUUACUUGGCAAGAGCUAGAGACUUGGACUCGGGAAUAAAUAGUCGGAUUUCGUAUGCGCUCAGCUACAACCCGGAAGAACAGUUUCGGAUUUCCGAAGCCACAGGGGUUAUUUAUUUGAACAAACCUAUAAGGGCCGAGCCGAAUAGUGUUUUGCAUGUGGAAGUGAGUGCUACUGAUAGUGGGACACCAGAACUAUCUUCUAAGUUGAAUGUGGAUGUUAGUAUAGCUGAUGUUAAUGAUCAUACGCCUGUUUUUGAUCAUACUUCUUAUGAAACUUCUUUGCUGGAAAGUACCCCAGUCAAUGAAAGGUUUUUCGCUUUGGCUGCCUCUGAUGCUGAUUUGGAUUUGAAUGGCAGGAUUACUUAUGAGAUUACUGAAGGCAAUGGAGAGCAAAAGUUUGGAGUAUUUCCUGAUGGGUUUCUUUAUUUGAGAAAAGCCUUGGAUAGAGAGGAAAAAGACUAUUAUUCCUUAACAGUAAUGGCCACAGAUAUAGGCAACCCUUCAAGAUUUUCAGUGGUUCCUGUAGUGGUGCAUGUAAUCGAUGAAAAUGAUAAUGCACCACAAUUUUCUAAUACAACUUUCACUUUCCAAGUACAAGAAAAUCAACCUAUUGAUUCUUUUGUAGGAAAACUUACAGCGAAUGAUGAAGAUAUUGGUCGUAAUGCUGAACUCAUUUUCUCUCUAUCUCCACUCCAAACGGAUUUCGUCAUCGACCCAAAAAAUGGCUUCAUAAGAACCUUGAGGAUAUUUGAUAGGGAGGCCUUGGUUAAAACCCAAGGCUACAGUUUUAUAACCUUAGAAGCCACGGUGGCCGAUAACGGUUCUCCGAAGCUGAAAGACAAAGUUAAAGUCAACGUUUACGUGAUCGAUGAGAACGAUAACGCCCCGAAAUUUCUGCGCACGCCCUAUAAAGUACAAGUUUCCGAAGGGAGCAGCUUGGGCGCUCAAGUAUUGAGGCUGUUUACUUUGGAUAUUGACGAGGGGUUGAAUGGGGAUGUGUUUUAUUCGAUUAUCGGAGGGAAUGAGGAUAGGAGGUUUGAUAUUGAGGAGGCAACAGGUAAAUGA